UCUCUGCCCUUUAUGGAUGCCUACCAUCUUACCUCUAAGGCAACAUACGGUGCUGAAUAGAGUGAAUACCGUAACCAACAUGACCUACAAAGACGAUCCCACUAUUUUUGCUUGGGAAUUGAUGAACGAGCCGAGAUGUCCAUCGGAUCCUUCGGGAGAUAAACUACAGGUUUUAAGCAAGUGUGAUUAUGAUGGCGUUGUUGCUCAUAUAUUCUGUUUGAGGAGUCUGCCGACUUUGUAUAAAAAGGAUAACUGCAGAUAAAGAGGGAAAUUGUCACAGUUACCGGUUCACAUGAAAUUAUUGCAUUAUGGCUAACWCCUUUGCAGACACCUUGCAAUUAGACGAGGCUUCGUCAUCUGUGCAAAGUAACAAACGUGGUUCUACUCGGACAGACUAUAAAAAAGUUAGAAAAGAGAUGACAGGUGAUUGGUAGAGUAUCWAGUUUUGCGAGGAGUUUAGGACGGAUGUUAGAAAAUGGAUUUAUAGAUUGAUUGAAUGUUGGGGAUU